AUGUCGGGUAGACCGAGCCCCAACAUCUCCGCACUCUCCAUCCUCCAGCAAUGGGGCACAUGGCCCGACCACAAUCGCGGGCGUCGCCAGAUCAGCCGUCCGUACCAGGUCGAGCUUCCGUCGCCGCUCUCCGAAGACCGUCACAGAAAGCUCCCCAAGCACCAGCAGUACAUUACCUCAGUCUCCAUCGGAGUCGUUGAGGAGCUAUGGGCUGAGGCUCGCAGAGGAGAUGUGGGCAUGGCGAGGGAGGACUCGUGGUGCACAGCAACGGUGUCCAGUCGCAAUGUCAACCGAGUCAUCGACGAGAUUGAGUCACCCAAUGAAGGCGAGAGGUCUGAGGUCUUCUAUCUCACUCUACCGCAUCGACUCGUUCAGCGCUUCGAGAAAUGCGACGUGGUGGGGCUUCGCAUCACCCCGGACAGCCAACCGCUGAUCGUCGGUGUGCAGAAGCUGAAGCGCAUCUCGAAUCAGCUGAUUCUCAAACGUACCUACAAAGGAAGCAGGCUCCCUCUGCUCUCAAUUGGCACCAAACUGCUCGUCUCCCCGUUUAUUCACGCCAAGACGUGUAGCGUGGAACUGAAGAAUGUUCAAGAACUGGCGAACGUCGACCCGGCACUCCUCGAACAACUGUUGUUCCCGGAGUUCCUCAUCGCUCCGGUUCCUAAGGACCCUCAUAUCACUCCUUUCACGGAGAGCAAGGCUCACGAUUACCCCAAUCCUCUUCCUUACAACCGCAGGCUCUCGGGCAACGAUGCGGCCGGCCCCCCUCGCAGAGUGCAUGAUCCUCUCCCUUGGCCGACACCGACCACGGUUCCAUCCCAUCAGACAUUCCAGAUCGAAGACCCCGUGAGCUCCUACACUCUGCUCCUCAAGCUGACGUUCAGACCGCCUGGCACCGGCGAAAUUGAACUGACCAUGACUCUUCUCAAGAACCAACUGAGCAAACGGCCCGGCGGAAGGGUUCUGAUCUGUGCCCCAAGCAACUCGGCUACGGAUAAACUUUGUGAGCGUGCACUCCAGCUCUUCCCUCCCGAGCUCGUCCCUCCCGAGCUCUUCCCUUUUCAAAAAUAUCGACAUGUAGUUGUUAGGACUGGGGCCGAGUACAAGUUUGCGGGCUCGGUGAAAGGCGCUGCUCUCAGUGCCAUCAGCCGCGCCAACUCGACCGUCGAACAACUCGAGUCCAUGAUCGGACGGGCCUUGGCUGACCUCGACGCCGGGGUUCUGAGUGAGCCAGACUUUGAGAGCAGGGUCCACAAGCUCGUCAGGGAGCUGGCAGAGGCUCGACGCGACCGCUCAGUUGAGGAGGUGAGGAGCGACAUUUUGCAAAAUGCCGACUUCGUAUUCACUACGAUGAGCUCAGCAGCCAACGAGCGCCUGCGCCACAUCGCCUUUGAUCUCGUCAUAAUCCACAAGGCCAAUGCUGCCUGCGAAGCGCGUACUCUUCUCGCACUCCGACGCGCGCGCAGGUACGUCUUGUUCGGUGACCAGAAACAACUCCAGCCGUUCGUCACAGACGCCAACAAGUUCACGGGUUAUAACCGCUCCUUCUUUGAGCGUCUGGUCGAUAACGGUUACCCGCUCCUCACCCUCAACGUCCAAGGGGAAUACCAUCCAGAUAUCUAUCUCCAUGUCUCUAGCAAGGUGUACAGUAAGCAAGUUCAAAACGGAGGGGACUAUGAGGUGUUGCCGCUCUGGUCCUGGCAAGUCACGGCUCCCGUGUUCUAUCCUAAUACUAUUCUAAACGUCCCCGGUUCCGAGCAAGACGUCGGCACUUCAAGCGUCAACUACGACGAGAUCAAUGCCGUGGUAGCUGUCGUCUUGGUAAUCAUGCGCAGUAGCUCAUGCGACAAGGUGGCAGUGCAUAGGGGACUCACAGUCGGUGUACUCUCCCCCUACGCUCCUCAAGCCCAAGCUCUCGAGGCGGCGUUGAACGCUGUUCCGCAGCCUGACCACGUCACACUUCGAGUCGGCACCGUGACGUCAAUGCAAGAUGAGUUAUUCGACGUGGUGUUGAUUUCUUGCGUCCGCUCGAAGUAUCCCGGCUUCUUGAGUGGCACUCGGGAGGCGAACGUAGCUGUCACGCGCGGCAAGCACCUGCGUGUGAUUGUGGGUGAUACAUCUCUUCUCUCUGCAACCGGCAUAUGGAGCCACAUCAUCUCGUGUCCAACCGCCCUUCACAUGGAGGCACUCGCCAAGCCCCCCCUGCGGUACACCCAUAUCCCUCCCCCACCUCGGCACAAGUUGAUCUCGUUCAGCACUCGCGAGCCAGCUGAACUUGAAAGUCACGGUGCCCAGCUCAGGCGCGCAGCAAUGGCCCGGUGA